GCCGCCGGCUCCGCUCCGGACUCCCGGCUGCCGGGUCUUGUGGGAGCGGAGCAGAGCGGAGCAUGCGCAGUGCGCCGGGGCGGCCGGGGCUGCGGCGAGGCCUAGUGCAAACGCCGAGCGCCAGAGGCGCGGAUCCGCCCCGCGAGCGCAAGGUGGCCAGGAUGAGGAGCCGUAAGAAGCAUUUACAUUGGCGCUAGAAGCGGGGGCGCCCCAGAAGACAUGUCGUACCGAGGCAGCGAGCGGGACUUCCAGACUUCAGCCAGGAGGAUGGGAACCUCGUUGCUCUUCCAGCUCUCUGUCCAUGAGAGAGAGCUGGACCUGGUCUUCUUGGACCACAGCUAUGCCAAGCCAUGGAGUGCCCACCCUGACGCUAGCAGUGCCCGGCCUACUCGGAUGCUCUUUGUCACCCCCAGGAGGCACCAAGACAGCACCAUUGAGGUGGAUGUCCCCAUCGACGUGGAGACUGUCACACCCAUGCCUGUCCCGCUGUAUGACAACCAGAAAGCGCGCAGUGUGAUGAACGAGUGUGAGCGCCACGUCAUCUUUGCCCGUACGGAUGCCGAUGCCCCUCCUCCACCCGAUGACUGGGAGGAACACAUGAACAGGUCGGGUUGGACGAUGGCCCAGAACAAGCUAUUUAAUAAAAUCCUUAAAGCCCUGCAAUCUGACAGGCUGGCCCGCUUGGCCAAUGAAGGGGCUUGCAAUGAGCCAGUGCUGAGGAGGAUAGCAGUGGACAAGUGUGCCCGGCGGGUCCGCCAAGCUCUGGCCAGUGUGAACUGGGACACCAAGCUGAUCCAGUGGCUUCACACCACGCUGGUGGAGACGCUCAGUUUACCUAUGUUGGCUGCUUACCUGGAUGCUCUGCAGACACUUAAGGGAAAGAUCCCCACCCUGAUUGACAGAAUGCUGCUCUCGUCCACCACAAAGACAGGGGCAGCAGGGGCUGAGGCUCUCUCCCUCCUCCUGAAGAGACCAUGGGACCCAGCUGUGGGUGUCUUGUCACAUAAUAAACCUAGCAAGUUGCCUGGUUCUCCUCUCAUCCUGAUUGCAUCUUCCGGACCCUCCAGUUCUAUGUUCCCCACCUCUCGCCGGCACCGGUUCUGGCAGUCGCAGCUCUCCUGCCUGGGAAAGGUGAUCCCUGUUGCCACCCACCUGCUGAAUAAUGGUAGCGGGGUGGGAGUGUUGCAGUGUCUUGAACACAUGAUUGGUGCAGUCAGAGGCAAAGUGCUGGAGAUUCACAACCAUUUCACCCACAAGCCAAUCAUCCUGAUUGGGUGGAACACAGGAGCCUUGGUGGCCUGUCACGUCUCAGUGGUGGAGUACGUCACCGCAGUUGUGUGCCUUGGAUUCCCUCUGCUCACAGUGGAUGGGCCCAGAGGGGAUGUGGAUGACCCCCUGCUGGACAUGAAGACCCCAGUUCUCUUUGUGGUUGGUCAGAAUUCUUUGCAGUGCAACGCUGAAGCUAUGGAAGAUUUCCGAGAGAAAAUCCGAGCUGAUAACAGCCUGGUGGUGGUGGGAGGAGCUGACGACAAUCUGAGGAUAAGCAAAGCCAAAAAGAAGGCAGAAGGCCUGACCCAGAGCAUGGUGGACAGAUGCAUCCAGGAUGAAAUAGCUGACUUCCUGACCGGAGUCCUCACCCGCGUGGACAACCACUCAGGCUCCGACCCCAGGGACCUCGAUGCUGAGAAAAAGAAGAAACCACGUGACUUGACCAGGAGGGACCUGUCGUUCGACUUGCCAGAAAGAACCAGCAGUCCCACCUCCCCGGCAGCCAAGGUGCCGGCCUCACCUUCUGGCUCAGAGGAUCUAUCCAGUGUCUCCAGUAGCCCCACCUCGAGUCCCAAAACCAAAAUGGCUGCUGUAUCAUCUGUCCAGAAGUCCAGCCAGAUGGGUGCCACCCAGCUGCUGAAGAGACAUGUACAGAGAACAGAUGGGGUCCUGACACACAAACAGGCACAAGCUCAGUUUGCUGCUUUUCUGAAACAAAACAUGCUGGUGAGGAAAGCUCUUCCUCCUGGCACCUCUUCAUGUCUCUUUGUUCCAGUCUCCUCGGAGCAGCCAGAAGUGACUGAGAAAGAAGAUGUGCGAAUGCAGCUGAAGAGACAUCAAACCCCCAGCCCGACCCAUUGCAGCAAAUCCUCCAAGCGAGCUAAAAUCAAGGUGACCAUUGUCUCCCACGGGGAAGCUGCUGGCACGGGGAAUGGAGCACCCCUCGUUGCACAGCCGGAAAGUGUUCCAGGAAAACCCCCCACCAUGACCGUAGGUCAGUCUGGGUCAGGCGUAAAGGAGCUCUCGGGACUACUUACCACCACCAAGCUGAAUUCUGCGGCGGAAACCCCCUCCCUCAGCUCUACCCCUUCGGCCAUGAUCCCUAGCAGCACAGCUCCCAGCGCCUUCCACUCCUUGCAGAGCAGACUGGUGGCCAGCAGUGCCCACUGCAGACAGGCCCAGCCCAGCAACGUGCUCCAAGGAGCAGUGUCUGCUAGCAGCCUCCUGCAGGGACUGAGUUUCAGUCUGCAGGACAUCGGCACCAAGUCGCCAGCCCUUCCAGCGAGCGUAGCAUCCGUGGGGCCAUCCAUACAGACCUCGGCUGGGAAGACACCAGCACCUAUCCAGAGUCUGAGUGCCAUAACCACGGGCACUGGGACAAUCGUCCGCACCAUUCCAGUCGCCACAUCCUUGUCGUCUCUUGGAGCCUCGGGGAGCGGGAAGCCCACAGCUAUUCACCAGUUGCUGACCAAUGGCGGGCUGGCCAAGCUGGCCAGCAGCCUUCCUGGCUUGGCUCAGAUCUCCAAUCAAGCAGCAGGCUUGAAGGCUCCGACCACCAUUACAGUGACCCUACGGGGGCAGCCUAACCGUGUCACUACCCUGAGCCAAGCGGCCGUGGGGACUAUCCAGCCCCAGCUGGAGGAGCAGCAGCUGCAAACUCAGACACCUCAGGAAAAGUUACCGUUUCGGCCACAAACGACCUUCUAGACACACUGAAGGAGGGCUCUGUCCUCAGAGGAGGGCUCAGAGUUCAGCUGGACAGUCCUGCUACAGAUGUUCCACUGUCCAUGCUUAGCCCAGAUGGUCUUUGUGGUCCAAUCAAUGGACACUUGCUGUGUUUUUCCAAUAGGUGCAUUAGCUGGUUAAGCUGGGUCCAGAAUGCAAGCAGAAGAUGGAGGAGAGUGGUGGUAAAUACCAGUUCAUCUCUGAGUCCAGAGGAAGAGCUCUGUGGUUGCUUGUGUUAAUUCUACCAGCGGACAGAGUGGUGGGCUGUGAGUCAUCCCAGGACUCAGGGAAGUGGCUUGUGUGUGUGUAUGUGAUUAACUCUUUCAUUACUGGAACACCUGGGCUUUUUGGGGCUGUUGUAACUGUGGCUCGGGGUGGCUCGCUGAAUGAGUGUGCCGUACUUUCCAAUAGCAGAACAAAAGCUUCCUCUCCAGCGAGCUGGGUGUAGUAUCAGCACCGCUGCAUCAAUGAGAGCUUGGGAAGCAGACAGGCAGGGCAACCAGGAAUCUGAACUCCACACUCUGAUGGCCCCUGCCCUCCAUGAUGGGACACUGAACCAUUCAUCCUCCAAAAACACCAGCUCUAUCUGGUAGGCACCAAAUGAUUUCACCAUCUGUUCGCUGCUUUGUGGCUGAUACAGGUUUGGUGGGUCUCAGCCUAGGGGUCAUGUGGUCUAGUUGGCCCCUUGCUGGCAGUCUGAGCCGAGAAGCCCAUGAGACUGAAUGGCUCCCCUUCCUCCCCAGAGCAGUGGGAAUAGAGGAAUCUCUCUGCUGGGUCUGUCCCAGGAUCUUGCAUUUGGAAGUGAUGAAUGCCUGAUGCUUCAGAUGAAGGCCAAAGCCACCAUGUGCCCUGGCCAGUGGUGCAUCACUCUGAGGGGGAAACCUCAGCAACAGAGCAGCCUAGCACCCAAAUUCCAUGCAGAAAUGAGUGGGUCUAGUUCCGCCCCGCUUCCUGUCAGUGCAGGACUGUUCCCUACCACACAUUGAAAACCACUGUUCUCGCAACCUGUGGUACACAGACCGCUGGGGGUCUGCAGAGUACGUCUAAGAUUUCCAAAGGGGUCCACACCUCCAUUUGAGAUUUUUGAGGGGUCUGCAAAUAAAAAGAGGUUGAAAACCACUGUGCUAGGGCUUUGUGAGGCCAGAGCUCUCCCUCUUCCCACAGGAGAUGGUUUUACAGCCUCAGAGACCUCACUGAGGCAGUUUUCCCUGAUACUUUCAGGUCCCUUUAUUUAAAUCUCUCUCUCCUAUUUACACUCCUUGGUGCCCUCUUCAGUGAGCCCUCUCUCCCUCUCCUCAGCUAUCUGUGGCUGCUAUCACAAUGCCCUGUCUCAGCACUUAGCCAGCUUGGUCAUUUAGCUCUUCUUCCACAGGUCAAUCCGCACUGACUGCUCAUGUUGCUCUUCUUUUAAUGGCAUCCAGUUCACCAGGAUCCUUCUGGUACCCAGGGACCCAGACCUGAAUGGAGCAUUCUAGGAAUGGCUGCACCAGGGCCACAGAGUGAGGGACUUUCACAUGCCUGUUUCAUGAUGAGGCUGAUGAGCAGGGAAUAGAUAAUUUCAUUAGCCUUUUUUCCUUCCCUCUUGCAUUGCAAACUUAUGUCUUUCAUGCUAUCCACUCUCACUCCUAUUUCUGUUGGAAUUCCUAUAUUCCCACUGCCUCCUCCCCACUGUGCAUUUGCGACUGUGUCUACAUUAGUGAUAUGGGAUGUUAUUCCCAGCUCACAUAGCUGUAUACAUGGUAGCUGUGCUCGAGCAAGUGUGCUAAAAAUAGUGUAACCAGGUAGUGCAGGUAGUGCCUUGGCUGCAUGAGGAUGUACCAGGGAGUCUGGGAGGAUAUGUACUUGGGUGGCUAGUCCAAGCCAUUACCAGUGCUACUCCAGCUAUGCUGCUAUUUUUAGCCUGUUAGCUCGAUCAGAGCUAGCAUAGGUACAUCUACACAACCUGGGAUUCACACCUCCCAGCUACAAUGUAAACAUAGCCUGGGUUUCAGAUUAUUGCAUAUUACCUGCACUUUUCCACACUGAAACUCGGGUCAUUAUUUUUCGGCUCAGUUCUCUGUGUAUAUAUCUGCCUACUGUAUUUUCCACUACAUGCAUCUGAUGAAGUGGGCUUUAGCCUGCGAAAGCUUAUACUCCAAUGAAUUUGU